UUGGCUUUCCCCCGCGCCGCGCACUCCCAACGUGGUGGGGCCGGUGACACUGGCAGUAGGAUUUGGUAGGGUGCUGCCGUGGUAAUCCGCACCCCCUCACUGCGUCCCCCUGCGUAUUGGGGGACACCUCUGCGGGCAGUGUUAAUUUUCAGGUCUCCUAAUUAAACACACUGGGGAGGGGGCAGCGGUGUGUGUGUUUUGUUCUGCUUUGGUUGGUUGGUUUUUCGUUUGUUUUGGUUUUUUAUUCUUAUUUUCUUUUUGUUUGGUGCUUGUUUGUUGCUUUGUUUUUAAUUCUAAUCCAUAUUUUUCUAAAAUGUAUGGGGGAAGUUCCAGUGCAGUUUGCGAAGAAGCUCGAUUUCUAGUGGCAUGCAUGUGGUGUCCUCGCAAGCUAGUCCACCCACAGUUUUGGCAGGGAGGCACAUGCUUGGGACCUGGUGUAUUUUGGCUGAGACCCUUUGUAACUACUGUACUUGCUCAUCUUGAUGUGAUUUGAAAAAUUACAAGGGACAUUACCAUUGCUUUAGGCUUGCUUCUCACUGAAUUUAUCCACUUUGAAUUAAAUACUUGAAUAGGGUUUUAUGUGUCGAAAUACAAGUAUUAAAAUAGAAUUACAAGAUUUCUCUUGUUUUUGUUGAAAGCUAAUCUGGCCCAUUAUCUUUUCAUUUAGGACAUCUCGAAUUCUAGAGAUUAGCAUCUGAUCCACAUACACGUUUACACGCAGUUUGCUUCUAGAUAUUCUGCGUAAGUCACUCUGAAGCACCUACUAGAAUCUCUGUAAUGUGUUUAGUGCUGCGUUUAAAUCUUUUUGCCAAGGGUUUGUUGAAAAUGGGCUAACCCCUUGUGAGAAACAUGGCAAUGUAUUUCACUGAGUCCAGCUCUUCUGUCUCCUCCAGAUGUAUUUUUCUCAUUGCUGGCUCUUUUGGUGGUUUUGUAAACUUGCUAAGCUGCCCGUAAAAGGAGUAGGGAUUUUUAUUCACGAACUUGUGCCACUGCCGCUUCUGUCCUGACAUGAGUAUGGCUGUGUGAUGAGCCAGCACGAAAACCAACCAAGCUGCUUGGUUUCAUCUGGUAGAGUUCCCUGGUCAGGUUUGUUGUCCUGGUAUGCAGACAACUGCUCUGCCACAAUAGGGUCUGCUGUGGUAAGGGAGCAAACACCGUGAAGUGUUUGUGAAACCAACCUGAGCUUGGAAAUCUAGCAAGGCCCUGCUAACCUUUUUUGUAUGUACUCAGUUAUUUCUUAACCAAGUAGAAACAAACUGGUCUCGCAUAAUUGUUUUCUGAUCCACACUUCUCCAAAAGGGCCUGCAUCACAGAUGGAGAACCUCCGUGCUGGAAUUACCCUCCUGAAAAAAUUGCGUCCUUUAAUGUGUACAGGUGUACAAGUGUGCCUGUCUUACUGUGCAGGCAUUUGUUAUUAGUAUUUUUAAUUUGUCAGUUUCCCCAGUGAAAGUGCAGCCAUUCCAAUGCAGUCUGUGUAGUGGCUUGUAUAAUACUGGCACCAGAGAGCAGUUAUUCUCUGUAGUUCUCACCUUAGCAGAUGAUUUGAGAAAAUUUUGAACGUAAUUCUCAAAGAUUCUGUGGUUUAAAGGAACAUAAGUGUCAAUCUGACUGUAUUUCGUGAUUGAGUCUGAUUGACUUGGUGUUCUUAAAGUUGUAUGAGUGCCUUAAUUCCCCCAAAAUCAGAUUUUUCUUGAUUCUAAUAUAAUCUGGGCAAAGAAUUUAUGCUGUAGAAUUAUUUGGGGUUUAAGUUGUCUUUAAGUAGGUUAGUUUUGUCAAAUAUACCAUUCACAAUUAUUUGAAUACUUUCUCAUUCUUCAAUAAUAACUUAUUUAUGAAUAUUUAUUUCAAACAUUCCUUAUUUAAAAUGCUUCGGUGCAGCGCUUAGUUUGAUAUUUUUUUCAUCUAGAUGUGUGUGGUUGCAGCUGUUACUACCAGAUGCAUGUUUGUUGAGUACAAGGUUUGCUUUCCAUUCAGAGUAUCCAAUAGCUGCUGAGAUUAACUUUUGAACUUACUUGCCAACAAGCCUAAUCACUGCAAUUUUCUUAAAAACCGAACCCUGGCAAAACAUAGAAUGUAAAGCAAACUGUUUUAAAAAUACAGAUGAUUAUGACUUUGGACUUUGUGAGAAAAUGUACGCAUAAAAACUUAAAACACUUGCAUUGGUUUUGUAAGUAUGAGAAGAUACUAUUUUUUGUAAUGCAGAUAUUGCAGUGUAGGGCCAAGUUGUGUACUCUGAAUAGUUUAGGUUUUUUAAUGCUAACAUUUAUUUCAUUUUCAAUAUAAAAAUAUUUGGAAUAAAGUCACAUCCUGGACCUAGGCCGUCUUCUAGAUCUGAAGUGUCAGCCCUUUUUUAUAUAGAGACCCCUAAAAUUUUUUCAGUGAAGGCUCGGACCUUGUGUGAUUAAUGUAAAACUAAUGAUAUCAGGUUGUUUUAUUUUAGAGAGCCUUAGAAGUAUCUCAGAUACCCUUACACACUCCUAUAUAAGCAGCUGAGAGUUUUGCAGAGAAGAGCUUGGUUUGGGGGAAGGAGAGAGGUUAAAGAAAGAAGAAUGCACCUCUGAAGGAAUGUCAUGCGGUCUAAUUUUUCUUUGUUUUGGUGGGGGAACCUUCACUAGGUGUAGAUGCUAACAUUGUUUAAUCUUGGUAAAUUUUCUCUGAGUUGUGUCUGUAUAGAGAGUUCCCUCUGUACUUUGAUAGCUUUAGCAAUAUAUGCUGCUGCCGCAUCCCCUCCUCCUAGGCCACGUGACUUUUCUGACUUUUGAGGUUCUUCCGUAGCUGCUGUAAUAGCAGAAAUGCAAUACCAAGGGUCAGAAUGUUAUGUCUUUCUUGUUUCUCACCAAAAACUCUGGACAUAUUGCAGAGGAAGAUAAAUAAUCUCCAAGAAACAGCCUCCUCUCUUGGUUGGCCCUGAAAAGCUUAUCAGUGGAGCAAAUGCUGGUGCUGCAGGACGUGCUGUGGCUGCUACCCUGUUCCUUCAGAUACCGGCUGCUAUCCCAGGACUUCUGAGAAGUGAAGCGCUGUUACUUGUGAUCACAGAAAACACUUGAAUGAACCAGUUCCUUUGAGCUGCUGUUGAACGCAGCAAAUGCUUCUGGAAACAGAAGAGGUCUAGCUUUAUCGAUUCCAAAUAUUCUGCCAAAACAUAGGCGACUCAAUGGCUUGCAAAGAUAGACACAAUUUUCUAACUAGUGUCCCAUUGCUGACAGCUGUGUGUGGAAAAGGCUGCUUGCAUUUUUUGUUUGUUUAUUCCACUAUGUUGUUAUGAAACCUCCUGUAACAAAUGCUAGCAGGUAAAAAGAAAUUUUACUUAUUCUAGUUAAAACCUGUCACUUAUCUUGUCACGGAAGUACAGAUAUGUAUCAGUAUUCAGAGAGAAAACCAGGCAGUAAGAGACACAAUGAGUAUAUUACAAAAAUCACAGUGUGUUUGUAACUAGUGUGAUGUAAGGUGCACAGAUAAGACUCCUUGUGAAGACUUACAUUUCCUACCAGGAAAAUAACUAUAAUACAGUAUAAUGUAAAACCGUCGUCAUUCCUGGUAUUGCAGUUUGUGAGUGCCAAGUCUUGAGUUUUUUUAGCUGUCACCCUCAUUCUUCUGCAAAUUGCAUAAUCUAAUCUAGUUAAUAUUUUCCACUCAGAAUCCACAUGCCAAACAGCUUGGACAGUUUCAGGUAAACACUAGCAGACAACAACAAGCCAGAUAGCAAUAUUAUCCUAGAAAACUGCUAAGUAGUAGAAAACACAUACCUACUUAAAAAAGGUGAUAGUUCCACAGGUCUGACAAUGAUUCAGAGAAAAAAAAAUUGAUACAAGUAUUGAAGUAUGCAUUCUCCUAAGUGGGCAGAUGGUCAUGGUACUAUGAUUGUUGUUUAAAAGAGUAAUGUAUCUUAAUUUGCAACUAGUAAGCCAAACAUAGGUGUUUUAUCAACAAAACAUGUUGAUAAAAAGCCGCAGGAGCAACUGAAAUACAAAAUUUGUCACAGUGCAGCAGGUAGGGCAUAAUUUCAUGUUACCAGUUUUCACAGCUCUGAUUAACUUCAGCUGGAGUUCAGUGCCUGAGUCUUCUAAAAAUAAAAUCCUGAGUAUUCUGAUUGCAGUGGAAGUGUGUAAGACAAUAUUGAAAAGUGGCUUUGAUUUCCUAGUUACAAGUGUGCACAUCCUGGCUCCUUAUUUUAGACAAACUGUAUGUAAAGAAAUUCUGUCAAAAAGCAAAUGGAAAGACAGAUGAUAUGGCAAACAUAUUCUAUAAUUCUGUUCGUACGCCAACUCCAAGCAAGGAAAAGCAAAGAAAAAUGAAGUGUCUUGCGCAUGUUAUGAAAAAACAAAGGCUCAGGCUUUUGUUGAUGUUUAGCAAAGUUUAUUUGCAGGAAGAAUAAGUGGAAUGAUAGUGUGAAGUUUUGCUUUAGUACAAUAAUUAUGUUUGUCGUCCUUUUUUUCCUCUAAAUGUGGCUUUAGGGAUCAAGUUUCCUGGCAGAAACACUGUUACUGUAGCGUCAGUUCUCUAGAAGGUUUAUAUAAGUGAAUCAGAGAGAACAACAAAGAGCUAUUAGUGCUAUGGUAUAUUUAAAAAGUCAGCUUGAUGCUUUAAUUCCUCAGUAUCAAUCAGACAGUUUGACCUCAAACAACAGUCUUCUGGGCUUAGAGAUUACGCAGAGAUGGAUAGCAAUUUUCAGAGUUGCAGCAAGUGCAUUUGUGUUUGUGCAUUGCUAAGAUGCUGGAAAAUGUGGUGUGUGUUGAAUAGAUUAUUUUUCUUUUAAGAUGAUUUUAUCCAAAUGUUAGCAGUGAUUUGGGGUAAGUUCUCAUCAAGUAAAAAAUGUGAAAGUUGCGAAGUAAAGUAGGUUUACUGAAUAGUAAAGCAAUAAACUUGCUGAAAAAUUGCAUCUACAUUUCUUUGUUCCAUCAAAUAGUGCUAUAAAUGUUAUUUCUAGAUGGUAUUUUUUGGUUUCUGUAGCCAAAAAGCUAUUUUUUUGUGUGUGCAUGUACUAUACUUGAGGGUGCUGUUGUGUCACUAAGGUAUUUCAUGUGUGAUGUUAACCUACUGGUCGUUAGACUAUAAAAUGCGUAUUCUGAGGAGAGUUUGCAAUUUAUAAAAACGUCAAACUUAUUCUCAUGCCUUUGUGUGCACUAUAAAGACAUGACCACAAUUUCAGAUGAAGAACUGAAACUUGCUUUCAGGCCAUGAAUAUAGAAAUACUUCCCUGUAAUAACUAUAGGUCAACUUUUGCAGGUCUAUGACCUGUGCACUCUUACUGAUGUCAUCUCCAUUUUGAUGUAUUCGUUAAUAAGUAGAAAGUUCAAAUGGCAUGGCAGAAAUAACCAAGAUACUGAAUUAUUGAUGUGUUUAUAUUCACGCUACUGGAUGAAUUUAUUAUUGUCUAUUCUGUGCUGUCCAAUUAUGUUCUUUGCACAAUGAGUUCAGACCCAAAGCAGAAUGAGGAUGUUGCUUUACAGUUCUGAAGUACAGGCACAGUGCUCUGAAAGAGGCCAUUUCACCUGGCUGUUUGAUGCUCUUCCCCCCAGUUCCCUAUGGCAGUUUGUUAUAUAUGAGCCAAUUAUAUGUGAACAGCAGAGAAGCUGAUCGCCUCUCCAGUAUGAGCAUCUUGCUUGGGGCCUAUACAGGCUGUAAUGUGUUAUAUUCCAGGCAUUCGGUAGGUACGUGUGUUUACACAGCGUUAUGUCUACGUGUCAUUUUGGAUGCUGAAUGUGAAGAGGCACAACUUGGUCACGCCAUUACACAAUUGGCUUCCCCUCCGUCAUUUCUCUCUCCAGCGUCAUUCUCUUAGUUAUGUUGGUAGGGAUCAUAGCUCUGGACUGCACAUGACCAGCAAAACUGGAAUACUUACUGGAGAUCCACAGGGUAAGUGUUUCUGGUUGAAGACAACUCCAGUGGUAAAAUCACACAUGAGCUGCACUGCUUUGCUUGCCAGGCUCCUCACAGUACGGUGACUUCUUACAGCAUCUCCGUUGGUGUUGUCGUGGGACUUCUUGGGGAGAAAAAACAAACAAACAAAACCCACAAACAAACAAACUCCAUGAAAAAUCCCCAACCCAGCACUUUAAAAAGAGGGUUUUUUUAAUGGCAAACUACCCAGAGUUUUAGUCCAAGUUUGAAGACCCAAGGGAGGUCCCUACACAGCUAGCUAGGCAGGAGGUCUCUCACCAAGAAUCCUCACUUGGCAUCAGGUUUAGAAAAGGCUGGGGUCAGUGAGGUGCAAAUGAUAGCAAGGGAGACCUUGGGCAAUGUGCCUCGGUUCUCCAGUCCAAGCUGGGGUUGUGUGGUGGUGCAAAUGCGUGUGGACUGCACGUGUCUCACUGCACAGUAUCUAAGUGCCAAUUUUGCUGAAACUGUGGACUUUCACCUUGCAAUUAAUGUCCUUUUGGGCAGGCGGCAGUGAAGCUGUAGCAUUAUAAUGCAUGUGACAUUCAUUGCCACAAGACACUAGUGUCAGAUACUUUUUUGCACAAAUUUUGAAGCUAAACAGAAUUAUAGCAAAAUACAUGCUGACAAACCUGUCUUUAAACUGUUUUUUUAUUUUUGUACUUUGUGGUGUUUGUAUGUCUGAAGCACUAUUGUUUGUAGUGCGUGAAUGAGAAGACAUUUCGCUAGAUAUCAUAUCUGAUGGCUCAGGACUAGAGAAAUCUUAGUCUGACAUUGGUCCCUAGGUUGAAACUGGCUUUAAGGUUAUGCAGAUAUAUUUUGACACUGGAUGAGAAGAUGGUGGCACUUAUCAGAUGGCUAAUUAAAGCACAGAAAAAGAGUGAGAGUCUCAGAGUGGUGUGGAAGGACCUAGUUAUUGCAUUUCAGUGCACGACUGUUCUUUCUCCUCUUAAGAUCUCCUCCUACUUCCAAAUUAGCACAAAGUAGUAUUAAACUUGUCUUUAGAUACAAAAGGGAAGUUGCUUGUUGGAGAGAACCUGGUGAAAAUUCAAUUUUCCCUUUCUAUGUGAAAAAUUGAGGUAGUCAAAGUGGGAGAAAGCAGGGGUGCCAUGCUGUCAGGAGGGCGCGUGGGGGAAUUGCUGCUGGAACCUGACACACUCACAGAGUAGGUUAGUUCAGUGUUUUCCAGGGUAGGGGACAGGAAAGGUUUGAAUGAUUUAGAGCUAGUCUUAAACCCUGACAUAUGUGGUUGAGGAAUCUGAUGCCUGCAGUCUUGUCAAUGGACUCUGGAGUUAGUGAAGGGGCAUAUUUUUUCCCCAUGAAUCUGCAGAAACGUGGGAUGUGGAACAGAAAUUCUGUCCUCUCCUUUCUGUCAGGCUGCUCAGCUGCCUGGAUAUGUGUUUUUUCCCCCUCUAGCUGACAUUUUUUUGUUUAAAUUAGGGUUGUAAAAGUCCAGGCAAUAUCUGCAGGCUCUCUGCAUUGGAAACUUCUCUAUUGCUUCAGAACUACUGCAGACCUACUUUGCAAUGAGAGUUACUUUGUGGUCUGGUUUUCUUUGUUAGUUCAACACUGAUCUGGAAGAGAGAAAGUGAGAGGAGAUUCUAUAAUUCAUGACAUACUUGACAUCCAUUGAUCUUUAGAUUAUUUUGUAUCCUUAACUGACGAUGUCACCCUUGGAGACUGGUUGCCAUCUGUGGUACUUUGGGUGUUGCCUGGCUUUUGGGUAUGAGAGCUGCAGGAGGGCGGACCUGUCCAUUUCAAACUAUAGCUUGUCAUAGGUGAGUUCUCUGCUGCACCUGGAUAGCUAUAGUAACCAAUACUGUCUUGUAGUUUUUGUUGGCCAAACGUUUUUGAAAGAUUAUAUCUGUAAUUAUUUUGCUGUUGAAGCUAAAAUGACACACUUUCUUAUAUGUUUCAGCAUUCCCUCUAUUUUAGGUCAAAUGGUUCAUCUCUGCAUUUCUGCUUCUACAUUUCCAUUGCUUCAAUUUAGACUUUUAGAGGCAUUACAGUCUGUGUGGAAUUGGCAAAUGCUUUUUCUAACAACGUACUCCUUCCUGUCUGCCUCCCUCCCUUUCCCCUCCUCACCUUCCUCAGUCCUGGGUGGUUUCUUUCUUCUUAUCUUUACUACACUACAGCUUUUCAGGGAGUGAGCUGGAGGGUUUCACUCACUCUGCUGCUAAAAUGUGACUUAUUUUCUUUAGCCAUGCGUUAGCUCAGAGGAAAGUCCUCAUGACUUUUCAUGCUGUUUUAAGGUACACCCAGGUGUCUGCAACAACCCUUGCAGGCAAAGCAUGUUGGGAGAUGUCCUGGACCAGCAUGUUUGCUGAGUAUUUCAGAUACUACGUCAGCAGUUAUUGCUACUCAUUUUUAGCAGCAGGUCCCAGCACACAGAGGGUGACGUGGUUGCUUUAAUUCUUGCUCUGACCUUUUCCCACUAAGGUGUGCCCUCAGCCACCAGAAACAACCCUCCACCUCAGUGUGUACCAACACAAGGACAGCAGUUGUUUCUGUGUACAGUGAUUAGAAACUGGGAUCAACCUAAUUCCGCCUCCAUAUGUCUGUUUGGUGCAGCUGGUGUGUAUGGAGAGGCUGUUGCAAGUGUUGUAGUUAACUAUAGCUUAACAGAUUACCCCUUGCCACCUAAGCUGAAAAAUCUGGUUGGAAAUGUGUUUUUAGCCAGUGGUGAAGAAAAUAUAAUUCCAUUAGGAAUUAUGAACGUCAAAGUGUUUAAUAUUUUAAAGUGCCAUCUAUGAUUCCACUUUGUUAGUAGAUUUAUGUUAAAAGAUGAUGUAUGCAUUUAAAUUUUAAAAGAAGCAUUUGAAAAUGAAGUCAUUUGUCAUUACUACUGACACAGAACUCUCUGUUUGGGAUUUUUAAAUUCUGAAGUUAAAGAGGACUAUUAUGAUCAUGUAAUACACCUCUGCAUGUGAAUAGUCCAUAAAGGCCUUCAUUAACCCUGCACUGAAUUGACAGCUUCGGAUAGAGUUUUACCUUUUUUUUUGCUUGCUUGAAAGGCUUGAACCUUUCAAAAUCAUCUCCUCUCCAAUUAAAAGAAUAUAGGAAAGCAAGGAGCAUUUCCUCCAAAGAAAAAAGGUAAUUAUAGCAAAAAACCUGACAGGCUUCCAGGACUGGAAGCUGUAACUUCAAGAAAGAGGCAGGGUUAUUUUAACAGUGAAGAUUAUUAAUCACUGGAAAAAUUUGCUGAGGGUUAUGGUGGCUUCCUUGUCAUCAAGACCAGGUUCCUAUCUGGAGGUUGUGCCACUGCAUGUGCAUGUCCCACAGGUAUGGCGGUGUGUCAGAAGCCUGUGGAAAAGCUUCAGCGGGGAACUGGCCCUCGCAGGUCUUCUUGAAGCUCUGAGUAGCACAUCCUGGAAGGUAAUGUUGAGUGGGCAUAGCCAUACUAUUAAUUCCUGCUAAACUGCAUACUGAUUGUUAUCACUUGAUAGCUACAGAUUUUAGCGAAUUAAAGAGAUUUGAUUGUGUUUUGUUUUGUUUUUUUAAUCUGCUGAAGUUUCUGGACAUCUGUUUAGCUUCAAGUAUAGGCUCAUUGGAAAAAAACCCAGGCAAAACUUUGCAUUGUGUCACUAAGGGAUGACCUAAAAAUAAUAAAUUCAGGGCAUUCUCUCAGGAUAUAGCAAUCGUCUCCUGUUGCCUGGCAAUAUCUUCACCGCUGAAUACAGAGCUGGGAGUUUAUUUUAUGAUGCUGUGCAGAAAAAUGUGUUUACAGUUUUCCACUGUGAUUCCCCCAAGAGGAAGAACCCAUGGCUCAUACAGAGAGAGCAAACGUUAAUGACACCUUCAAUUCAUCUUGGCAAAUUUAUGACCCAAGUUUCUGUUCCUCUUUCUAUAUUUCCAUAAAUACAUACUGAAAGAUACCCUUAUGUUUUCUCAAAUGCAUUCCACUUAUUUUUAGUGGGAAUUAACCUGAACUUAUUCUAAAUAGCUUAUUAUAGCAUAAUUUAAAUUUUAGUUUAUUCUUGAGUACUCUUUUAAAUAAUCCUGUCUUCACAAGGUAUGCAAAGUUCUUUUCCCAUUUCUUCAAGGACUACAAGUCUUUCUAAGAUAUAUCUAGAUGACAUUUUAUUACCCAUACAGUAUGUGUGAUUUCGUUUAAAGGGAACCUUGUACACCCACAAUGAUCUGUUCUUGACAGAAGAAUAUGAAAACCCCAGUUCCAUCAUAGAUUUCAGGCAAGUAAGCUGCUGCAUGCUCCCCUGAACAACAGUAUUUACCAUCACUCAUAGGACUGGGACAUUUUUGUGAUUGUAUUAGUCUCCCAGCAGUAAGAAGGACAAGUGAAAUGUCUUUGUUCUCCUGGAACAUACUGAUAUGAGGAGGGCAAAAACCUUCAUGUUUUCUUGGGCUGGGAUAAUUUUUUUUUUUGUGACCUGGAAUACACCCAGCAUAUGCCUUCAAUCUGCAUUUUUUGGAGACUACAUUAACACUUGAAAUAGACCUGUAUGAACUGACCCCAUGAAGAAGAUAAUGAAAUAAAUCACGCAGAGCCAUUCUGAUAACAGCCACGGUGGACCUAUUACGCAUUUAGAAAACAAAUGCAUGCGAAAAUUAACAGUUUCAAAUAGUUUGAGUUUCUUCUCACCAUUGGUAUUUUAACAUUUGGUCAAUCCCUCUGAUAACAGUAAAUCCCCAAAUCUCCUUUUAUGGUAAAUUCUGUUAGAGCGGGUCCUGCUGUUGAUGGGAGAGCUAAUCAAAAUUAGGCUUAGCUGGUGAUGAGCUCAACUGAGCGAGUGAGAUUUUGUUCUUGUUUUUCUUUUGUUUACAUGGUAACUGUCUCUUUCCUUUUCCCUUACAAAUAAAUGUCAUGUAACAUGGAUGAGAUGUGCAGCCUUUUAUUUGCCAGAAGGAGUUGCUAAUAAUUGAAUCACUCGAACACUAAAAUUUGGAGGCAAGACUUUUCAACGGAAAAAAUAUUAAUAUGCUACAGGAUGAACUUUGUGGCAUGUCUAUACCACCCCGUCACACGUACCUCCUAAAAACAAUGAAUUAUUUUGUUCUUAAAGGAAAGAAGACGAAGGUGUCCAAAUAAUGAGAAUUCAUUGCUCGAGUCACAGAUUUUUUUUCACUAUCUCAAUGGUUUUAAACAUAACCUCAGCAGCAGUUUCUUUUCAUAGUACAGUAAAAUACUUCAGACAUCAAACUGAUCCUAAGUUACUCCAUCUAAUACUUUUGGAAGAGAACAUAUUUUUAACUGAUCCUUGAACACGCAAAACCAAAAUACGUUUCAUUUGUUUUCAUACAGCUAAUUGCACAAUGUGAUUUAGCUCGCAUGCAGAGAGCUGAAAAGAAUAAACAAGUUAAUAAGGUGCUAUGGGACUUGCCUUUAUGGUGCGCAUGUAAAGACUUGUUAAGGACAGAGGCUUAAACUAAACUGAUAGAUAAAAGCUUCUAGAGGGUGUUUGCAACAUCCAGCUCAAGCGUCCAGUGCACAGGGAGCCAUUUCCCUCCUCACCAAUUGCACACAGUUGCAGGAGACUGUAAUGCAAACCACUGUUCCUUUUUUUCAUCCUUUGUCUCAUCUACCUGUGCCAGAACCCAUCCUUCCUUUUCACAGUUGCUUUCUGUAUAAAUUGUGGCGCUUAAAGAGUGUAACAGUCGUGGUUGAAAAAUGGGUUUUGUAAGAUCAAGUUUCAACAGACUGGUAUAGUUCCAUCAUUUUGAAUUUGGAUAUUAACACUGUUGAAUCAAUAGAAUUCCCCUUGAAAUGGUUGUAUUUUUGCAUGUGUGUAUAUACAUGUAUGUAUGUAUGCAUGCAUGUACCUGUAGGUUUCUGUUUAUAUAUACAUGUGCGUAUGUUUGUGUGUGAGUAUAAGCAUAUAUGUAUAUAAAAUCAUAGGGUCAUUUUGGUUGGAAGAGACCUUCAGGAUCGAGUCCAACCAAAAUACAUAUAUAUAAUGGCAGAGACAUGAUAAGAAAAAACCCUGAGCAAAACAUUAAUCUGCAUUUACUAUCCAGACUGAUAGAAUGUAAAAAGGGAAAGACAGAAGAGGACCUAAAAGCAAAUUAGAUUAAAAAGACCUUUGUACUUGGAUAGUCAUCAGUGCUGUUUGUAGGAAUGCAGAAAAUAUUUUCUAAGUGGAUAUUGACUUAUGUGCAUAACCCUUGCCCUUUUGGGAAAGCAGCCCUCCAAAAUUUAUUUUUAGACAACUCUAGAUUGAAAUUCAGCCCAUUUAAUUAGGGACUGGGUAGUUGCAUAAUGUGGGCACAUGACAGUUAAAAAUUCAGAUGUUUGCUUUAAAAAAAGAAGCCAGACCUUCCAUUUUUGUAUUUGGCACAGCAAAAGGAAAGGUAAUACCACUGUUGUUGGAAUUUGCCUUUAGCUCCUUUUAAUCAUAUCUCUCUUGUAGAGUGUUUCAGCAGCAUUCUAAAGGCAAAAAUGUUCUGACUGUUCCUCCUUUCUGUGCCCCAAGGACCAGAGAAUUACACGGACCCCAUUUUUCCAGGUCUAUCUCACCCUUGUGCCAUAUGAAACCCCAGGCAGUUUGCUGAGGAUUUGGCUGCUUUCUGUCAUUCACUGCAGCUCUUCAGAGUGCAAAACUGCCUCAGCCAUGCCAUUUUUGACAUGGAAAUAUUGCUUUGGUUGUGGACCACGUUAUAAUUUUUUCUUACUGGACCCUUGUUAUCAUACAGAUAUACUUGUUACCAUGAGGAUACUUCUCUGUGUCCUUCCACAGCAUGAGGUUUCUAUGUUGCUGGUAAGGAAACAUACUUGCCACAUCUUAGUGGAAGCAUCAAAUUCUAGCACUGAUGUCAGUGUAUUCAGUAGUUUUAAGAAUAUGAUAGAAAAUUAAUGAUAAAAAUUAAUUACAAUGAUGAAAAGUGAUGGAAUAUGUGUGCUGAUAUUUAUAGUUGGCAUUUGAAUGGUAAACGAAUGUUAAUCGUGACAACAAUCAUGUUCUCAUCAUCCUUCAGUGAUAGCAUUGUCAUUAUUAUAGCCAUGAAGUGAAGGCCCUGUCAUUUUCAGCAGCAGAUAACAAAGAAAAUGCUCCUUGCUCCAGAACACUUGCAGUCCAAAUAUCAUAAAGGACAGGGUUAUGUGCCUCCUUAACCAAAGCCAGAUGUUUGAUUUCAAGGAGGGAAUUAAAAUCUAUUUUCACUAGGGAAUUUUUCUCAUGGAGAAGGUCAGCAUGGGAGAAAAGCACGCAGGAAGUUUCCCUACUGGCGUUUGUGCUAAUUAAGGGUACAGAACAGAUUCAGUAAAUAACCCACUGUUUUCACAAGGCAAUAAACAUUUUGAAAAGCAUCUUUAAAUACCAAGCCUCAAUAUCUGGCAAAAUGUGUUUGUUUUGUUUUUUUUUUUUUUAGUUAAAUAGAGUGAGAUAAUUUCAGCUGGGGUUUUUGUGGUCUGAAAACUGGAAGGAGAGAAAAAUCAAGAAAAUUAUUUUUCUUCUAUUUUACAGUGCAUGACCACAUAUCUCUCUUCACCCGAGAAUGCCAAAACCUGGUGUGAAGUCUCUUUGUGCUCCAAACAUCAGACUUCCGUGCCAGACAUCUCUCCUUUUCCUGAUGAGGUUUGCAGAAGUGGUGAUCGAUUUUUGCUUUUAUGGAUCACCAAGCCAGUGAUGCAAUAUAACCUUUAUUCCAAACCAAGCAUUUAGAUUUCUAGCCCCCUGUUCAGCACUGUGGUAUUGUAGAGAAACUGCCAAUGUUUGUGGCAGCAGUGAAUGCUGUUAGGAGGUAGGAAUUUCUUUUUUCUUGAUUACCUGGCAAAGCAGGUUGUGCUAUCUCACUGAGGCAGGGACUGCGUGUAGGAGAGGGUGCAGAAAGAAUAGCAGUUUUCCUGGCAUCAAAAGUGGAAAUAUGAGUGCUGAGAAACUCUGCUGAGAUGGAGCACUGUUCUUCCCCAGUAUAAUGUAGAACUCACACUCUGAGAAUGGAGGCUUCCUUCUGGCUGCACAGUACUGGAAAGUGCCCCCCUUGUGAGAGUCCCAUGGGCUAAUAUUAGAAUUCCACUCUUCCAUUACUUAAUUCACAGGUACUGAUGGAAUAGAUCAUGCAAGCGUGCUGGAAAACACUGUGCAAGCUGGAGCUUUGCUCUCCUUUGAGCAAAAUCUUGAACUCAACAGAUGCUUCAGAUGGCAGAAGUCACUUGAUAGGUGAAACCAUCGUGAAUGUGUAUGUGUGGAAAUGCAGAGUCAGAGCAGGAUGGUAAUAGCCUCCUGCUGAGUAAUUCAGAGGGUGGUUUAGCCCUGUAAUGCCUUCUGGGCAAGUAUGGUUGUUUGUUCAGACUUGGCUUGGUUCUGACAGACACCUGGUGCAGGGGUUCUUGCAAGUUGUUUGUACUCUUUAUUUGGGGGAAGGUUAUGAGCAAGGGUGUGGAAAACCUAUAGAUGCCUUGAUUUUCGUCACACUGGCAUUUUAGUAUCCAUCUCAAACCAGAAGUAAUUUCAAAACAACAGUAACACUUCACAGCAGGCCAGGAUUUUCUUAGGAAAAAAAAAAAAAAGAAGAAGAAAAAAGGAAAGCAUUUCCUCACUGUGUGAAGUGAGAUCUCUGAAACAACCGGUGAGUUUUCUGCUUGUUCAGACUCCCUCAGAGGCACAGAUUUGGGUUCAUAACUUGUCUGGUCAGUACAUUUUGGCAGACAGAUUGAAAAAUUUUAUUCUUUUUCUUGCAGCCCAAACUUCCUUUUACCCCAAACUUCCACUCCAUAUUGGUUUUGAUCAUUUGGUGUUUUAGUCAUUUGGUGGUUUUCCACCCACUUGAAAAGCUCCCUGCCUCCUUUGUACUUAGUAAUACAGUGCUUGUCUGGGAUGAUCACAAUUACAGGUAUUAACAGGAUGAAAAGAAGCAGCAAUACACCUCCCCAAAACAACUUACUGCGUUCCUUCUUCUAAACAAAUCUGUUCAAGUGUUUGUACCUUCUAACCAGGUCAAAAUGUGCUGUUUUUUUUGCAAACCUCUCCUGAAGUAUUCACACAGCAAAAGUGGGGUGCCAUCACUCACCCUGUCUGUAUAGUAGCUUCUUCCAGUCCAGUUUUUCUGCUUUGAAAAGUUCCUCUCCCUUCGUGAGCUUCUCUGCUUUUAACUGAGUUGUCUCAGGAGCACAUGGAAGCAAUUUUCCUUUAGGUCCCUUGAAGUGAGGAGCUUCCUAUAAACAUUCAAAUCUAAUGCAUCAAUAAAAGAUCUUACACAAAUUGUGAAACAUUUUCUAGAGUUUGGGCCAUAAAUUACCUUCUUCAAACAUUUAGAAAAAUCUCCCAUCAGAAAUGUGUAUUUGGGUCUGUCUGUAUGUCUCUGUAUCUGCUGAAAGUAAGGGUGAAAUCUUAUUUUGACCAACAGUGAAAAGCAGAUUGUGUAUUUUGGUUGGUUGAUUUUGCACUUCAAAUCUGCUUAAGAGAGGCAGGUUUUGCAUGUGUGUGCAAGAGGUGGAUUCACUAGGGGAAUUCCCAGUUGCAUGCACAGUCCUCUGUCCUUCCUAUCCAUAUCCUGGCUGCAUGUUGGAUGGGUUUAGGUGGGCUAAGAAGUGGGAAGUCAUCCUUCUUCCAAGAGGAGCAGCACAUGCCUUCAGUCAAAAAUGGGUUAGAGCCAGUGGCGCUGGCACAAACCUGUGAAGCCUGGCCCCAUCUGUGGGCUUGUCACUGGUGUCUGCAGGAUGUUGUAUGUCUUGAGUCCCGUGGCACCAGGUCAACAAGGAGGUGUGAGGUGGGUGUUGGUGCUCUGUUCCGGGUCUUUUGUGGCAGGGAGCCAGUGGUCCAGCCAGUGAGGAGGGUCUCUGGUCCCAUCACCAAGUGCUGAUACAGGUCAGACAUGAUGCUCUUUGCUGAAUGGGACCUUCAGGUGGACUUGGCCCAUGCACCCCAUGCGGGGGUUGCUGAGCAGGAGACCCUCUGACUUUUCAUCCAAGUAGGCCUUCAUAAACAAAGGGCAAUACCCACCGCCCAGACUGCUUUCUUUCAAGAAUGCCUGGUUUCAGAGUUAAAAACAAGAAGCAUGCUUACAAAAUGUCUUAGAUGGGAUUUACUUCCCUGCAGCACUGCUAAAUCACGUAUGAGGUGUGAUCAUCAGUCUCAUCUGGUACCAAACUCGGUUUUGGGAUGGGGACCAGGCCAUCAAAGCGCUGGAGCAAACAAGAGCUUCUCUGUGCUGAGAUUGCACAACCGGUGCUCAGUCAGAGGAGCAAGGCCAGGCAAGGGUUCAGCAUGACCUCCGCCUGACUCAUAUUUUUUCCUUCUGUUACCAAUAAGAACUUUUUCCUCAUGAGUCACUUUAAAACAGUUCAUGCAUGUUCAGGGAAAAAACAAAACGCGAAGAUUUUCCUGAGGAACAGCUCUUAGGGCUGUAAGUGAAUAGUUUUUUACUGUCAUUUGUGUAUAUCCCUUCAACUUCAAUGUGUUUUUUGCUGAAACAUAUCAGCAAAAUAAGCAAGUGUUACUAUUCUACUCUUUGGAUAUGCAUCUCAAGAUCAUGGAAAAAAGGACCCCCUUCAAAAAAUUGGCCAUCCUAGUAGAGGCCCAGCAUAAUCUGGCAAAACAGUGCUUUUUCUGUUCUACUUUUUUCUCAGGUAAUAUAAGCAGAAGUGUAUUUAUAGUAUUGUAGCUGUGGCUUUCAUGAGGUCUGAAAUACUAGGCUUUCUUCCCCUACCAUGACUUCAUUGCAGUGGCAGAUUUGACCUGUGUGACUUGCUUGUGGCUGCACAAGGAGUCCCUGGCAGGAGCAGGGAAGUCCCUAGAAUCAUGGACUAGCAUUUUAACUCUGACAGCUGAAUAGCUGAAGUUUCUGAGAAGUUCAGUUCUCUGUAGGGAGUAGACAUUAAGGUGUCCGUUAUAUGUAUUUAGUUUUCAGAAGCUGGAAUAAGUUUGUAUCCUGAUGGCAGAAGUUAGUUAUUUUGUUUUGUCUUCGGCUGCAAAAAUAUUACUUCUGGCUAAGUCAGUGUUAUGGUUUAACCUGAGCUAGCAAUAUAACCAUGAUAGCUACUCCCUCACUCCCCCUGCCCCCCAAGUAGAGGAGAGAAUUGAAAGGGAAGGGUGAAACUGGGAUUGAGAUGAACACAGUUUAAUAAAACAACAGAAUACUAAUACACUACUAGUAACCAUAUAUAUAUAAAAUAGAAAUAGAAUAUAAAAUAAAAGAUAAUCAAAGCAGUUCCUCACAAACUCUGUCCACACUGAGCAUCCAGUCCCAGGAAGCAACACCUGGUCCCAAAGCCAAUGCCGGAGAGAGAAGAGGGAAAAAGGCAGAAAGGCCCAGAGGCCUCUGCAAAAUGGCAGGAUGGAAAAAAAAAAAAAAAAAGAAAGCCAAAAUAAUGAAAGUCCCAAACAGAACUCCCCUCAACUGUCCUGGCUUCAACAAAUAGAGAGAGGAGAGAACAUGAGAGAGAGUGGAAAGUCCCGACUCUCCUUAAAAAUGAAGCGUGACACUAAUGGGAUGGAAUACUCUCAUUGAUCAGUCUGGAUGUCAGUCAAGCUCUGCCCCAUCCAUGUCCCCCUUCCUCGCUGCCUCACACCUGUGGGCAGAGCUCAGAGUGUCCUUGGCUCUCAGACCAGAGCAAUUAAAAACAUUAACUCUGUCCUGGGGUGUUCUUGUUCUUAAACUAAGUCCAAAUAAUGACCAUGCUAGCUACGGAAAAGAAAGGUUUCUAACUACAUUAAGAAAAUAAACUCAUUUUCAGUCAAACCAGCACAGUCAGCCUGUUCCUCUCUUCUAAAACCUUUUGGCCUUGCUGAUCGAUUUAAGCCAGUUUUGACAGAUCAUCUUCAGGCUCAAAGACAAUUAAGUUUCUACAGGCUUUGCAAAGAUCAGGAGUGGAAAAGAGAAAAAAAUUGUAGCAAUGCCUCACUAAGGUAUUGAGCUUGAGCUCAGGCCUUACUAAACAUCUGAAAUGUCAUAGCAGGGGCAGUUUUUAAGACUCCCCUGAUGGUGAGACAAAAUUCCCUGGGAGUCACAGCCAUCAGGAAAUGCUGUUGUGGAGCAGAAGUCAGGUGGAAAUCAGGUCUCAUCUGGACUUCUUGUCACCUUCUUUGGCAGCUUGCAGCAUAGUUUUGCCUUUGUGUUCCUGACUCAGACCAGUUUAUUUCCACUGUGAGAUCUGUAGGACUGGUGGCACCUCCAUCCAUUUGCAGUCUUCUGAGGCCACAGUCUGGGAUUUCUCAGACUGACAAGCUGUAAUCGGAUUGAAAUGGUGAGUCUGGAAGAAAGACCGGGGAUAAAUUUACUGACAGCUUAUUCUGAGAAGUCAGGGUAAAUGAUUUAAAGGUUCUCGAGCUUUGGGUCCUGUACAUCUACGGGAAGGUGUGCUGCCUUCUGGAGCACAGACCAGAUUCUGUUAGACUCCCAUGGAGCCCAAGGGCACAGUCUUGUUUCCUGCAUGCAGACCAGUCUGUCUUGAAACAUCAUGACCAUUUUGGGCAUCUGAAAUAGUACUUCACAGACAAAAUAUCGCAAAGCAAUUAGAAAUGUUCCAGCAACUGACCUUUCUGUGUCAAACUCCUAGCCUAAAGAAAAUUGGGAUCCUUUAAGUGACUAAUUAAAUCAAAAGUGAAUCUGUCUAAAGAAAUAAAUGCCUAAAAAUUAUGAUGAGAAAGCCUGUUGUCAGCUACAAUAACCCAGUUACUGAUAGUACAGUCUAGGAGAGUCAAAUCUGAUCUCUAAAAAUCUGUUUCUGAAUGCUGUAAAAGUAUUCAUUAAUCAGCUUUGACAUGGCUUUUAUUGGCACAGCUCUUUUUGUAAGUUGCAUACUUUAGAUCAAUUCAGACAUUACGAAUGUAACUGCAGAAAAUAUAAACAACAGAGCCAGGAGAACUGAUCAGCUCCAGAUGACUGGGGCAGGAGGACUGUGAGGAGCUUCUUCCAGACUGCACUCCAGCUCACUACCAGCACCACACAGCCAGCACUUCUGUUCCACAAAACAUCUCUUUCUCCCUUCCUCUCCAUUGACCUUCCCCACCACCAAAGCAAAAGCCAGUUUUGCACUGGGGUCCUAAGACAGCAGCACCUGGUUGAAAGGAACAGGGGAAAAGAGACCCAAACUUUUUCUAUUAAAUACACCAAUGGUUAUUAGAAAUACAAUUUUGUGUAAUUAGCCGUGCACACGCAGGUGGUCAGUUUUCCAAAACAAUCGAUGCAUCUAUUUAGUUUCCCUGCAGAAUCUGUAUUGACUUGUGCUGAGUAAGCACAACUCAUUACAGCAACUGCUGGAAUAUGAAGAAAGAGCACAUGCUACUGCCUGCAAUGCAUCAUCUUAAACUUACUGCAGUUAACACAGUGCAAGAAUAUGUCUGAAAGAUGUGAAAAUGGUUGUACAGGACAUAGGGUGCAUACUUAAUUGUCUGGGUGGCCUCUGCCAGUCUCUGCAUUGCUAAAAAGCUAAGUUGCUCUGUGCCAAAUGCUUGCAACAGUGAAGAAAUAAUGCAAAUAUGAACCAGAACCCCAAAGAAUUUGGAAAUUACAAGGUAAAUCCUGAAAUACAUGACUUUUGUAUCUGUUUCUUAUUUCAAUUAAACGCCAACUGAUUUACUUACAGUUUUGAUUGAAAGGGGGAGUCCUGCGUAUUCUGUAUUUAGGAACCAUUUCGUUCUCUACUACAAUAAAGUUGCAACUCACUGUUGGUUACCUCACCCUGAACAUAAGCCUGCUCCAGCUGCCAGCCAUAAGACUGAGCUGUAAAAUAUGCAAAGUUUUAUCCAUAUUUUUUAACAGUCCUAAAGAUGAGCUUGUAUACUUAAGUCUUUUAGAACAGGGUUGUUAGUCCUUUACUCCAAUUUGGAGGAUUGUACUUCAGUCAUUGAAGUCCUCAGUGGUGAAGAUGAUGACAUUUGUUUUAUAGCUAACUUUGGAAAGCAGCAGCUGUUUAAGACAUACGGCAACCCUAUCCAGCAAUAUAGGGUUGUAAACAAGAGACCCCAAAUGCAAUCCAAUUCAGCUGCCAGUCUGGAAUUACCUACAUCUGACUUUGGCCAGGACAUACAAUUCUUCAGAGGUACCAAGUCAUUUUUAAGGGCUAAAGAUCUUUCUUGUGAGUGCUAGCUGGAAAACUUAAAUCAAGAUAUUUUUUCCAGAAAAUUUAGAUUGUUUAAAAAAAAAAUAAUAGACCAUGCAAAUUGAACUUCACUGACUCAAGUCCCCUUUUUUCUUUUUUUUAUUUUUCCCCCUUUUAUAGUUUUUUUUUUGUCUUCCCCUACCCCCCGCCUCCCCCCUUUUUUUUUUUUCCUUCUUUUUUAUUUUAAAAAAAUUAUUAGUGGGGUUUUUAAGUCAGAUGGCAUCCUCUGUACAACCUACAGUCAGGGUAUCCCUGUUGCCUCUCUGUGCCGAUGUGGGAUGUAAAAGGUGCAAGGGGGGGAUACAGCCUGAGUAGGCCUCCUAGAGCGUGCAGGAGAAGAGGUGCUGAUGUACGCAUUCUCCUUAGACAUAGCAGAAAUGUUUCCAAAACAAUUUUGUUGUUGUUGCUUUUGAAAUCCUCUCCUCUACCCAUUUCCACAUUUUUUGCAAAAACAUUUUUCAGUUGAAGUCUGGGCAAGCGUUAUUUUUUUUUUUCCCCUGAUGAGUUUGCUGUUUUAUUUUCCAAGCCAGAAGAACAGCUCACAAGUGCCUCAACACUACAUGGAGCUACAUGGCUUUGUGCUUUGCCAGAGGGUCUGAACCAUCCAGCAACUCCCCUGUUGGCCCCACAUAUUCUCCAGGGCACCAGCUCUCUUACCUUUAGUUAUCACCCACCUGCAAAAGGUAAAAGAACGAAGCACCUUUUUCCCUAAUCCAAAAGCUACAUGUAAGGACGACUGAGCUCUACCACCUUGGAAACAAAACGAUUAAGGGCUUAUUCUGGAGGGGUGAUACAAUGACCAGGUUCGCUCUUAUUUCUGUUCUCGUCUUCUGGGCAGCCACACAGCAGGGAAGGGGAAAUGAAAUUACAGAAAAGGGCCUCUCUUUGCUAGGUUACCAUCUGUGCAACUAUAGUCUGACCCAAAAUGUGUUUAAAACGGUUGCCUACCAAAAGUCCUAUGAGAAAAGCACUUCCUGUGGAGGAUGGAUACCAUGGAUGAUGUGUCCCCGAACGUACUAUAAAACACAGUAUCAUACUGUUCAAGUCCCUGAAACCAUCACGCUUACAGAUUGCUGUGAAGGAUAUGAGCAAGUUGGACUCUACUGCUCUUUAGCACUCAAUAGAUCCAGUAUAUUUGCCUCAAGACCUGGUAUUUGUCCAAUGGAGAAUAUAGAAACAUCUGCUUAUACUUGCACGUUUGAUACUGAAUGUCCAGGGCUUAAAAAAUGCUGCAACUCAUCCAAAGGAGCAGGCUGUGUGGAUCCAAUGCCAGAAGGAAGAACAUUCUGGUACAAUGUGACAGUUCUAGUGAAAAUGGAUUUUAAUGAACUAAUCAGAGUGGAUUCUCACCUUCUGAAUCAUUCGCGCCUUUUGCACUCCAUGAUUACUGGUGCAUUACAGCCCUUGAAUGUCUCUGUGCACCAUAUCCAGAGUAAGCGUGCAGAAAUCUACGCUGGGACGGUGGCUUCUCAGGUUCUGAUCGGACUACACCAGCCAGCUCCACUAGUGGAGGUUUCCUCUUCCUUGAAAGACAUGGUGAAGCAUGCAUAUGAAGUGAUUGACACAGAAGUGCAAGAUGUCAACGAAUGUUCCUAUGCUGAAUUCAAUGCUUGUCCCGAGAAAAGCGCUUGUGUAAAUGUGGAGGGUUAUUACAGCUGUGACCUUCAACAUGAACAUGCAGAUGUCAACCCUCACCAGCUGAGCACAAGAAAGGAAGGCAUGGCAGCAUCUACUCCCAGUUUGGAGUUGGAUCUCAUUAACACUAGCAAUAGCUCUCAGUCUACAAGUAAUUCAAGUCUCUUGUCCACGACUAAUCAAUCUACAGAUGCUGUGUGCUAUCCCUCUACAGUUAGAAACUACCAAAUCUUCAGCAUUACCAGCAACAGUUUUGAAAUGUCUUGGCAUGUCAGUUCUACUCUGAACCAUACUUUCCAAGUCCAAGUGUUCAGGGACAAAGACAUUGUACAAAACCUGAAGACAGAGGAAAUGAAAAUGGAUGUGUUUGGACUGGAAGCAGGUGUGAUGUAUUCAGUGUGGAUCAGCUAUGAAACCUGUGGAAAAACCAUAAUCGUCCGUCAAAAUGUUAAAACAGAGGCCAAGAUAUUUGGUGUUACUAUGAGGAUUCUCAACUACAACUUCACUGAUGAUUUCCGUAACACCAGCAGCUCAGCAUAUGAAGAAUUUUCAAGGCUGUUGCUUACAGAGAUUGAAAAUUCAUUUCCACCCAGCAUUUCUUCUUUAUACGUAUCUGGGAAACUCAAAGUGCAGAUUGAAUCCUUGGAAGCCGGAAGCAUCAUUGUGAGGCUCAGAAUCAUUGUGGAGGAUCCUGAGUUUCCAGCUGAUGUCUCCACAUUUGCCCCAGUGAUUUCUUACCUACAUAAUGGCUCUGUGCUUUCGGUGGAUCAGCAAAACACUAAAAUAGAAGACUGGGAUGAAUGUGCUUCUCACACUGAGAACGACUGCUCUGCAUUUGCAGAGUGUAUCAAUUUGAUGGGCUCAUACCUCUGCAGGUGCAAGACAACUAUGGAUACCAAUCCAUCCCGACCUGGAAGAAACUGUGAAGGUGAGAUUGUGGACCCUCUCACUGAAACGAUGGCUCCUGAAGUAGCAAACAGCACACACUUUGCUCCUGAAGAAGUAAGCUCUGCAGGCCCUGCUUCCCCUGCCACCACCGAGAUGGUGGCUGCUGUAGGCUCCGAGAUGAGCAUUGCCCUACACCUCCCUAAUGCACUGCCCCCGGGUGACGAGCAAGCACCCCAUGGUCAUUCUCCCACCAGCACUCCUUGGAGAAAAGGCCUGGUACCACACAUGGGCUAUGGCAGGAGCAACAGCCCCACAGCCACAGGGAUCACCAACAGUGAGAAACUGGCUAGGAGUGCAGAGCAGCGGGUGGACAUAAGUCCAUCUCAGCCAAGCUCCAUGGCAGAAGCUUACCCCUGUGCACCGCAGCGAGUGACCGCUCUCACAAAUGUGCCCACGGGCACAACCGGGCAAGAGCAACUCAAUUUGCCUUUGCUGGAGUUUUCAGAUCAGACAACCUCUGCUACUACCAACAGUCAGACAGCUUUUGGUGUGCUUCAAACCAGCUCUCAAGAUGGUCCUGGUACAGCUCUGCCUGCCAUGGGGGAGGCUGCUCUUCCCACCCUCAACACCACUCUUGGAGCACAUGUGGAGAUGGGAAGAGAAGACAGCUCUUGGUCUGAGGAAUACUCUGGAGCCCUGGGGUCAUCAGCCUUGCCAGGCACCUCUCCAGCUCCCAGCCUGAUGCCAAGCCCAGUCAUGAACACCACUGUCCAGAAACUUAGUGGCAUGGUGCGGAUAACAAACGUGAAAUACUCUCCAGGCUUUAGCAAUACAAGUAGUGAGGAAUACCAAACCUUUGUACAGCUCUUUGUUGAUGAAGUACAUAGAUCUCUGCCCCCUGCUGUUCUUCAGCAGAUGGAUGCUGGUCUGAUUCAGGUGUUGAUAACAGGUAUUACUAAUGGGAGCACAGUGGUAAGUUUCAAUUUACUGAUUGCAGAAGAUGUGGAUAUCGACUACAUCAUCACCGCUUUUCGUGAUGCCUUUGAACAGAGCUAUUUCACAGUUGACAAGAGCAGUCUCUCCAUAAAUGAUUAUGAUGAGUGCAAAAGCGAAGAAGAUGACUGCUCCCCAGAUGCAUCGUGCCAUAACACGCUUGGGUUUUACCAGUGCAGCUGCAACGAAGGAUUUGCUGAUGUGCAUCCAGAAAGACCUGGAAGAAGCUGUGAAGCAUUUCCUAUCAGCCAGGAAGCAACACAGAUUGAUAAGAAACCUCUACUCAACACAGUUUUACCUGCAACAUCUUUGCAAACUUCAACUCAUGUUUCCUCCCUUGCUUCACUGGACUUCACUGCUGACCACAGAGCUCUGGAGGGCAUAAUGUUCUCCACUGUGAUGCUGCCUCCUCUUACCAUGGAUCCUGUGUCAAAUCCUGACGUUUCUCCUCAAGUGUCUCCUGUCCACCUCGUUAAACCUGCCCAGGAAAUUUCAAUUCAAGACGCAGUGAGAGUGUUCUGUGAAAAUGAGAAGAUUGUCCUUGUCAUCCAGAAGAGAUUCUUACAGCAGGAAUCUAUCCCAGAAACCUCCCUGUACCUGGGGGAGCCUCACUGCAAUGUGAGCUUCAGCAAUGGCUCUCACGUUGCACUGCAGACGAACUGGAGUGACUGUGGCACUGAAGUUGAGACUAACACGACUGAUACCAUAGUGAAAACUGUCCUUUGGAAUGAGAUUUCUGCUCAAGGAGUAAUCCACCAUUUAAAGGUUGCCAGUCUCAUUCACUGUGUCUUUCAAAAUGAACUCUUGACUUCCUUUGGGUACAUCGCAGAGGGACUUUACACCACCUUUGAGGAUUUGCAUGGAUCUGGACACUUCAGAACAGAAAUGCAGCUGUUUUUUGGAAAUUCCCCAAUACCAAAAAAUUUCAGUGUCUCUGCCAGUGACGAUGUACUGAUUGAAGUGGGGAUCCAGAGAGCGGACAGCAAGCUUAAGGUGGUCCUCACUGACUGCUGGGCAACUCCAACUAAUAAUUCAGUGGAUCCCCUUUCAUUUGCUUUUAUCAGUAACAGCUGUCCCAUCCCAAAUACAUAUACCACACUGCUAGAGAACGGGAAUUCAAGCAAAGCACAGUUUAAGAUGAAAGUUUUUUCCUUUGUCAACAAUUCUGUCGUUUACUUACACUGCAAAAUUCGUAUUUGUAUGGAGAAACCAGGAAGUACCUGCAGGACAAGAUGCCAUGCAGCUCGAUCCAUGAGGACUGGUGAAACCAUCGCUAUGCACAGAACAUCCUGGGGCCCCCUGUGUAAAUCGGCUGUAUCUGAUUUGAAGAGAGAGAAGGAGACUGGCAUGGGAGUUGGAUACAUCAUCUUCAUUGCCUUUGCUGUGUGUGGUUUUGUGCUGGGAGUUGUGAGCCUUCUCAUUUUCCAGUACCAGCGAAAGACAAGAAGAUACAACUUCAGAAUCAAGUCUGACAACUUCAGCUACCAAGUGUUCUACAAUUAGUGAUCUCCACGUUACCAGAUUUGGAUCAUGUCUCAUCUCAUGGCGAACUGAAGCUUGUCUUCACUCAGAAUUUGGUUUUCAUUACCCUUCAGAAUGGUGAUCAUGACUGGUUGCAAUACUGAGUCUUCAAAUUAAUGUCACAUAAAAAAGGCUUCAAAGGCUUCUGUAAAGACUGUUUUUUUUUUUUUUUAAUUUGCUCUUUCCCUACUGUCCUAAGAACUAUUUGUAACUGCAGUUCCAGGUUGAAGUGAAUUUUGGCAGUUUUUUUCUGUGGAUAAAAUAGAAGGGAAAAAAAAGAAAGACUUCAUGGUUCUUUAUUCAAGUUUCAACAUUUAGCUCUCCCACUGUGCCGAGUUGCUAUGUGCCCAUCUUAGCAUCACUUGUGCCACUACUAUUGACAAGCUACGUGUUUCUAGAAAUACUCCAGGAAGUAAAUCAGCAAACCCCUCGAGAGAUCUCCUUUUCAGUUUGUAAUUCCCUGUUUACUUAAGGUGAGGUUGAAACUUUGAGCUGCAGCAAUGUUGAAGACCUAUUUGUGCAACGCCCUAAGUAUACAGAAGCUGGAGGACAAGUAUUGGAUUUGUCACCAAAUAAAUAAAAGGCACUGUGAAUCUGUGAUUUAACCUGCUUAGAGUGUUAUUCACAUGAGUUUUGAGAUUUGAUGGUAAAUUCUUUAAUCGACAAGGACUCAGUGGAGAGACAAAAAAAAAAUGGCAAAAAGAAAUUAUUUUUGCUACUGGUAGCCCACGUUUUUUCCAGAUAAGUCAAUUAGUACCUAUGUAUUCUGUUUAAUUAGACUACAAUGAUUGUGCAGUCAGGCCACGGAGUGUGCUGCUGACCGAAGCGAGAGCACUCCAAUUGCAACAGAGUAGUUAUAAAUUUGAGCUGAAUUUUGCCUGGCUGCAAGACCCUACCGUUAAUGCAGCAGCGAAGGUUUAGCUUACAAGCUCUAUUGGAUACAACAACAGUCUGUUCAACUGGGUAAACUGGAACAAAAAUAUUUUCUGCACAAUAAGCAUCUCCUGCAGGACUCUUUCUUCACUCUCCUGCCCCAAACUUCCACCUCAGUGAGUGUGUUAAAAGACAGGAGGGUGAUGUGAUAACUUGUUGCCAGCAACUCUUGGUUCUGAUUGCUGUGUGCACUCCUCCUUGAAUGGCGACAGAGUCUGCUGUAUCUGCGUCACAUGUAAUUCAGUAAUUUACAGUCAAUAAGCUGAUUACUCUUUAAACUUAGUGGACACCAUUAUAAAUAACUCUUCAGUGAAAAUUUGUCUUUAAGUUGAACUUACAAAUGCUCUCAGUAGCCAUAGCAUUUAGGUACUAAUUUUUUUUGGUACAGAAUAACAUUGAAAAGCUGCUUCUUUAUCCCCUAGUCCCAUCUCUAUUAGGAAUAAGAUUACUAGGUAAAGAACUUCUACAUUUUGCAAAAGGUCAUACUGAUUGAUCUUUUAAAUAUGUAAAUACAUUUCAAAUAAUCCUUUGUAUUCUGGUUUUUCUUCAAGUGAGUCUAUAAGGAGUAAAAAUCUUUGACUUUUCCUUGCUGAAAUAUCGGUUGCCAGAUCCUAAUAUAAAAAAGAUCCAUUUGGUUGCAAUUUAUUAGUAAAACUGCAAAUUAUCUUUGCAAUCUUAGAGUCUGAUGAACAUAAGCAUUAGCUUUUUAUUCUGUAGAAGUCUCUUAACUUUGGCUCAGUGUGCUCUCAAGUAUAUGUGUUUGUCUUCUGCAUACACUGAAAAGAUAAGCUAUUUUACUAUAAAUAUUUUCCUAGUUUUUAGUACUCACAAUCCUUAGCUACUUGAAAGUGACAGGACUAGAGAUAUGCCUGUUGAUUUCAGUGGAGCUAUACCAUUUACAAAAGCCGAGCACUAGUAUUCAGGAUGAAAUGCAAAACGGCAGCUUGUAUUUAAUACCUUGCAUGCUUAGCAGAAACUGCUGUUGGGAUUAUCUGAGUCUGUUUAGCAGAGUUUUGGUGUCCUAAUAAAAGCAUUCUUGUAACUUA